AUGGUCAGUAAGGUUCCUCGGACCAACCGUCUUGCACACGGAAGUGAAUCUGAGUUAAGUAAUCCUACAGAUGUGGCUUCUGGAUCCAUCUCAACAUCAUCUACAAAGGGAAAGGAGGAAAAGAAAACAGGCACUGAAGGAAAUAUAUCUGACUUAAGAAAGCCUACAGCUGAGGCGUCAGGGUCAAUCUCAACAUCCUCUACAAAGGGAAAGAAGAAAAAGAAAGAAGGCACUAAAGGAGAUGAUCAAGGGAAGCCAUGGUUAGGCACCAUAAAUCUUCCACCACAGUAUCAUACCACAUUCAGUGAUCAACCAGGUUCAGUAAGAGAGAAAGUGCGCCAUGCUCCACCUGAUAACCAGAUAACAGACCCAACAAUCCAUAAUGAAGAGCUAGAAGAUCAAACAAGGAUAAAUAAAGAAGUUAGAGCCAAGAAGGCUAGAGCGUUGCGUGUGAAAGUAAUGCAAUUGAAGAAACACAAUCCACGAAGCGAAGCAGCCGGACCGUCAAGAACAAGACAGAGACAUCGAGGGAAAAACAAAGCACCUAUUGCCAGUAAAUAUGAUAUAGUCUCCUGUCCAUCCUGCAAUGCAUUAGUAUGGAAUGCAGAGGCAGUUGGGAAUGAAACACAAAAAGCUCCAAGAAAAUUCAGUAUCUGCUGUCAGCAAGGACGAGUAAAACUCCCACCUGUACGGGAACCACCCUCCCCACUUAAGGAGCUAUUAGAAACACCAAGUUUUCGGCUACAAAUCCGGAUUGCGAACGGGAUGCUUGCUUUCACAUCUAUGGGUGCUAAUAUAGAUCGGACAGUUACAGGGACUCCUGGAACAUUCACCUUUCGAAUCAAUGGACAGAUCAUCCAUAGAAUAGGAAAAAGGCAAUCACAGGGGGUUCUUCAGAAAUUUCCAUACCCGAUUGUUCAGUUGAUAAAUAUGGUGGAUGAACAUAACGAGUUAGCAAAGACCUUCAGGAAUGCUCGCGACCGUGUCAACUCAUCAAACACUGAAGAAUUUAGGAUCACUUUUGUGAAGCAGAAGCAACGUGGGAGGCAAUAUGAUCUCCCAAGUGCAGAUGAGAUAGGUGGCCUAUUAUUUGGUGAUCAGUCAGCGAACCCAUCAAGUAAAGAUCUGGUGGUAGAGUACAGAUCCUCAGGCCUUCAACGGAUCAGCGACUUGCACCCACUUUACAUGACACUGCAGUAUCCAUUGCUCUUCCCAUAUGGGGAAUCUGGCUAUACUGAAAAUAUCCCUUAUCGCGCGACUGAAUCAUCAACAGUCAAAAGAGAAUGUAUGACAAUGAGAGAGUUCUAUGCUUACCAGAUCCAAACUCGGCCAACCGAAGGAAUGACAAUAAUCAUGUCAGGAAGAUUACUACACCAAUAUAUUGUUGAUGCCUACAUAGCUACUGAGCAAGAAAGGCUACGCUUCCUCAGAUUAAACCAAAAAAAGCUACGAGCUGAGUUAUACACUAAUGUCUGUGACGCUGUCCAAAUCGGCGAUACUGAUGCUAGACAGUUGGGAAAAAGGAUAAUCUUACCUUCGUCAUUCACUGCUGGUCCUCGCUAUAUGUCAGAGAAGUACCAAGAUGCUAUGGCAAUCUGCAGGUGGUAUGGAAACCCAAACUUAUUCAUAACCGUCACCGCAAACCCCAACUGGGUUGAACUGAAAAAUCACCUACAAGCAUACGGUGGUGACUCAGCGAAUAGUAGACCAGACCUUGAGUGCAGGUUGUUUAAGAUAAAGCUAGACGAAAUGAUGGCAGACUUCAAAGAGGGUGUGUUUUUUCCCAAACCAGCAGCAGUUGUCUACACAAUUGAGUUUCAAAAACGAGGCCUACCCCAUGCCCAUAUUCUUCUAUGGUUUGAAGGACUGAGAGGAGAUGUUAGUACUUCCAUGAUUGACCGGUAUAUAUCCGCUGAACUUCCAAACAAAGAAACUGACGAAGAAGGAUUUGCAUUAGUCGAGCGACAUAUGAUUCACGGUCCAUGUGGUCGUCUACGACCAAACUCACCGUGUAUGGAAAGAGGGGAAUGCACUAAGAACUAUCCAAAACCCUUCUCAGACCAUACCAAGAUAGACAAAUCUGGUUUUGUUGUGUACCGAAGGCGAGCAGAUGCAUCAGCCUGUGCAGUUAAAGGUGAUAUCAAAGUGGAUAAUCGCCAUGUAGUUCCUCAUAACCUCGCCCUGCUAAAGAAAUACCAGGCACACAUCAAUAUUGAGUGGUGUUGCAAAACAAGUGCUAUUAAAUAUCUUUUCAAAUACAUAACGAAGGGUGCGGAUAGAGCAACUAUUUUGCUGGAGCAGGCUGGUAAACAGGAACCAAACCUUGAUGAGAUUACCAGAUUUCAAGACUGCCGAUACAUCUCAGCAUGUGAGGCCUCAUGGAGGCUGUUCUCCUUCCACAUCCACCACAACAAACCAUCUGUCGUAAAGCUGCCGCUGCACCUGCCUGGAAAGCACAAACUGGUAUAUGAGGAAAAAAAGAACUUACAAGAUGUUCUCUCAAGGCCUGACGCAGAUAGGACAAUGCUGACAGCAUACUUCGAAGCGAAUCAGAUCUAUGAAGAAGGCAGAGAUCUGACUUACAUUCAGUUCCCAAGUAUGUUCACAUACCACUCAAACUCAAAGACAUGGACACCUAGGAAGCAAGGCGGUGCUAUAGGCAGGGUCGUCUACGUCCACCCAUCAGCGGGAGAUUUGUAUUUCCUAAGUGAUACGCCCUAA